UCCUCAGGAUUUGGCAGAAUCACAGUCUUUCUCUGAAUUUCCUGGCCAGUUUGAUUCUUUCUGUUCUCCUUCUGAAGAUCUCCUUUCAUUGGCGAGAGAGGAUUCUCACGAGGGACAAUUGGUUCAGACAGAAGAGACAGAGCAUCAAGAUUUAAUGAGUGGAACUAUCCUUCAACAACCCACGUUCAACCCGAGAGCUGAGCGCCUUUCACCCUCUCGACCUUCACCGAGCUGUCUCUCUUUCUCAACCUUCCAGCUCGGUAAUCGACUAUCAGCUAAUAGGGACCAUGCAUCGUCUCUGACUUCUUCGCGUACUGCUGACCAUUAUCAAACUUCUCAAACUUCUGCUUCCGAAGCCCAGCCAACCAGUCCGUGCUAUUCCUCAUCUAACUCAGCAUCCAACCGUGAAACCGUUCUCGAGCCAUCGAGGCGAGGCAAGCGGUCGUUUGACGAGAGCACGUUGCCUAGUACGAAAAGCGCGGAGAAUUCGGAAGAAGAUAAAAUCGUUGAGAAAAGACGACGCAAUACUCUUGCCGCGCGCAGGUUCCGUCAGAAGCAACAGGAUCGAGUUACGAAUCUGGAAGCGGAACUGGCCAUAGUUACGAAAGAGCGCGAUGAGCUGAAGAUGCUGGUUGCGAGGUAUCAAGGGGAAACGGAGGCGUUGAGGAAAUUAGUUGCUGAUGGCAAGAAAACAUGAUUCUCCGCAUAUGGAUUGAUAACUUUCGAAAUAAUAUGAUGGUAAUACAAUCUCAUUCACUAUUAAGGACUUUUUCC